AUACUGUCGCAUCGCUGCAUAUUUCCAGUAACAUUUCAACUUCUGUUCUGAUACGUCGUUAACUGAAAAAAUGAAGCAAUUUUUAUUUUUGACACUUUUCUCAUUUUUGGCCUUUGAUGGUGUUUUCAUCAAAGAGGCUAUGGGUCAAACUACUUAUCAGCAAGUAAUUUUGUUUUUUCAUUGGAACUCUCAUGGAAGCAAUUGGAUCUCUAGACUGGAACCUGCGUUCUCAUUCUGUCCAGAUUUUGCCACUACCGCUAAUGAAAUUUUAGAUUCAUUGACUGGUCUCACUCAGGAUCAAGAUGUACUCGCGCUGCGCGAUGCUUUAAAGAAACUUCCAGAAGUUACAGAUGUCCUUCCAAAUAGUAUCCAAACUGAAUUCAAUAAUUGGAGACAAAACGACUACAUUGUAAGACCAGGAACUGAAAGUCUUCUUAAUACUAUGUUCAAAACAUUGGGAAGAGUUCAUUACAAUUUUAAAUCCGAAUUUGAAAAUGCAAUAAUUGACGUGGGAUUAAAGACGCAGAAUUACUCAAUGAAUUUUAAUGAAGUUAAAAAUAGUCUUCAAGUGGCCAACAAAGCAUUGGGUCGGUACAGAUUACGCCGUGAUAAGUGGGUAUAUUUUUUAAUGGGCCUUGAAUCAAUAUGGAAUACUGGAAAACGCUUACUGACUUCGAAUAGAAAUCUCUCCGAUAAGUUUUAG